UCCUCCGCCCUCGCCUCCUCCCGCCGCUGCGUACGGCUGCCCCUCUGAUCUGUGGAGAGUGACGUCCACCGGGAUUUCUCUGCUGCUCGCCUGGUCCCCGACGGCCCUGCUGGUCCACGACGCGAGCCCUCUCCUAUGGCUAGCCAUCAAGCUAACAACACAAUGGAGAGUCCAGCUUCUGUGGCAGCAGAGUAUGAUCCCAAGACUGAUCCAAAACGAAGACCAGCAAAGUCAAAUGAUCCGGGCUGGGAGUAUGGGUACUGGGCAGACCCUAAGGAUCGAGAUAAGGUGACAUGUAAGCUAUGUGACAAGAAGGUUCCAGGUGGAAUUAAAAGGUUUAAGCAACAUCUAGCUGGUGGCUUUGGAGAUGUGGUUAACUGUCCAGAAUCAAGCCCUGCAUUAAAGAAAAAGAUGAAAGACUACUUGGAUGCAAACAAGAGGAGGAGACCAUUGUUCCUAGGGGAGGAGGAGAAUGCUGAGGAAGUACAGGAAGAAGAAGAUGUGGUGGAGGUGGGACAAGAAGCGGCAAAUUCAGGGACUGCUGCCCAGUCCCAAGUCGCUAGUGUGGCAAGUUCUGGGGCUGCUGCCCAGUCCCAAGUCAAGGUGCCAAGUUCUGGGACUGCAGCCAAAAGAAGGCAAUCAACACUUCAAUUCAAGGCUGCACCUGCUAGCAAAGCAAAGGCAAAUCCAAAUGACACCAAGAAGUCAGUUAAGGCUAUGUUUAGAAGGACUCCCGAAGAGAUAGUUGAUGAAAGGCGUUCAGGAAGGUUCCAAAAGACAAUUCAAAACUGCAUGAGGACAGAUGAGGAGAGGCAUUAUGUGGAUGUGCAAUGGGCCUUGUUUUUCUAUGAGUGUGGUGUUCCAUUUCAUGCAGCUGCUGCAAGGCAGUUUGAGGUUGCUCUUGAGGCCACAGCACAAUAUGGUUCUGGGUAUGAGCCUCCUUCAUAG